AUGUCUGAAAAUCCAGAAGUCAAGGCCAGGAAUGAUAUGAAUUGUGUUGGAGACCCUGAAGGCGAAGCUCAGUUCGCCCUACGCCCCAACUCCAAGAAGUUUGGAAAGUGGCUCGACAGCGAUAAAGCAUACUACCUCGAGGCGCGAAUAAAGAUCGUAGAGACUCUAACGGUGGCAGAACACACCUUGCGGCGCGACCAUGCAGUCCUUGUCGCAGAACAGCGGGCUAAGUUGUGUCAAGCUUUUCUCGCCAUAGUAGCCAUUAUACGUCGGUACAUGCACCAUUUUACCGAACCAGAUCUGUUAGACCGUCUCCAUAAAAUCUUGUCAACCGUCCCGGAAUGGGAGCAAUUUUUGCCUCCUCAUCAAAUAGAUGCAUCUAACUCUCCCACUCCCACUCCGACUUCCGUCACGCCUCCUAUCGGCACAGCAUAUACCGACUCAGUUGUCGAACCAUCUGUUCUACCAAUAUCAAAAACUCUCCGCAAAACGAAACGAAGAAAGACCGAUCUCGACAAAUUGGUUGAGGAGGAUGCUCGUAGCUACAAGCAGCAACGUAAUGUGCAUCUUCAGAGCGCUCCCGUAUCUGAUGCUUUUUGUGCGCCAGGAAGCGAAGCAGUUGGGGACAGUGGGAUUGCUUUGGUUGAUUCGGAGGCUGUCCCUGAAAAUACGCAUUUUACGAACAUCAAGGUGGAUCAUGCUCAGCACGAACCGGCGAACGAUCCGUCAACAGCACACACAACAACCCUCGAGCCCCUUGACUCGGGAAGCCCGAUCAUUGAAGUGGCAUCAUCACUCUUGGAUCACCCAGCGAAUCUGGACUCCGAAUCUCUUGAAGAAACCGAAAUAACUGUUGGCAUGCAAAACUUUGCAAGAGAUGUCGUGAUGAAAGUGAAUGAGCAUAUAUGCCUUAAUAUACCGAUAACACAAACACAAACACAAACACGCAAGUUUCACACAUCAAUUGAGAAUGAUGUUCCAUGACAGAAAACACUAUUAUCGGAACAUAUCGAGGCUCAUCCCAAGGACCAUUGACCAUGAAUUUCUUCAUCAAGCAGAGUCAGCUUGAUGCAAUCACUUUAUGGAACAAUCGGGAUAAACACAUGCAGUUUGUAUCAGCUGUGUAUUAUCAUGAAACACUACUAACACUAUAUAGAAGUCUUCAUCAUUCAUUGUGUCUAUCUUUGUUCUGCUUUGAAGAGGCCUAUAUAAAAGCACAAUUAGAUCAACCUAACCAAUCAAACUUCCUAUCUUUUGUCUCUAACUUACAUUCCUCUUGGCCUAAGUCAGGUAUGAACUAUUAAUAAUGAUUUCAAUAGCUUAUUGCUCUUAUCUAGAAGACUUGUUAUUGAUGGGUUUACCCCUUUCAUUCUCUUUAUUUGUAAGAAUCUUUUUAUAACAAUAAUAAAUUACUUAACAUAAAAUAAUCAGUCUUCUAAACAAGCUAUUCUUGAUAUCUCUCCUUUUACAACUUUAGGCAAUAAUUGUCUACAUUUUAUACAGACUACUGAUUUGACAGGCUUUUACUUUAUUCUUUGUGCUCACCAUCCA